GACACAAGGAGAGCAGCGAGAGCGUGCUCUUGCACUCCGUAUGCAGUUGAGGAGAGUGCUCAGCCCCAUGGCUCGCAUGUCUCGAGCUCUUCUACCUCCGGUCUCGUCGUAAGCACCUGCAGUCUCCGGACGAUCGAGAGAGAGUAGCUCGGAAGAAUCAUCGCGAGGAGAGGACAAGCCGAGCGGAGCAUGGCCAUUUCGUUUGAGUUCGUGAGUGAGAGCGGAGUGUAGUGGCGGUACUGUGAGCUCGUGCGAUUUUUGUCCUUGCGUCUUUUCUUCCCCGCUUGCUGCUUUUCUCACCUGCUGCCGCUUUUGCUUGCCGCGUCCGUCUCGUUCGUUUUUGUCCCGUUGCCAAGUUGGUUCCGUCUCGCGGAAGCAGCAGGAGGGUUGAGGGAGGAGGUCGCGGCGUUUGAUGAAUUUCUGCUGAUGAAGGCUUUGGGAGGGUUUGGCUCCCGGAGCACGUUCAGGUCGAGGUUGAGGGACGAAGAGAUCUCCGAGGCGAUGAAAUUGGGCGGCCCGCCGGGGCGAUCCACGAUCAUCCUCGACGAUCGCAGCAGGGCGCGACGAUGUUCUUGCCGCCCGACGGCGGAGCGCGGUGACGCAGUGGCGAUCGAGGAGUGAGCAGAAAGGCCUCCAUCCAUGCCUUCGGUAUCCUACGAGCCCAGCUUCAUCCGAGCCUUCGCGCAGCAGCCUCUGAUCCAGACCAGCACGUCCUUCUUCUUCGCGCGCGUCGAGGGCGGAGGGCGAGAGCUCCGAUCGCCGCUCGCGCACGGCGAUCAGCCCGAGCCGGCGAAUUCGAUGAAGCCCAAGAGCAAGAGCCGCGAGAGGGAGCCCGGCGAGGGCUCGCCUCCGCCAUUGGGCAUCGACCUGGGCACCACCUUCACGUGCGCCGGCGUGUACAUGAACGAUUGGGUCGAGAUCAUCCCGAACGAGGAGGGCAACAGGAAAACGCCGUCGUGCGUCGCCUUCCGCGACGAGGAGCGGCUGAUCGGCGACGCGGCGCGCGACCAGGCGCCCAUGAACGCUGCCAACACCGUCUACGACCUGAAGCGCAUCGUGGGGCGCCGGUUCUCGGACGCCUCGGUGCAGACGGACAUUCUGCUGUGGCCCUUCCGCGUCAGCCCCGGGCCGCGCGACCAGCCGUGCAUCACCGUGCGCUGGCAUGGCGAGGAGCGCCAAUUCUCCGCCGAGGAGGUGUGCGCCAUGCUGCUGGGCAAGAUGAAGGACACGGCCGAGGCGUUCCUGCGCUCGCCCGUGACGGAGUGCGUCGUGGCCGUGCCGGCCACCUUCAACAUGGCGCAGCGCCAGGCCACGGCCAAUGCCGGCGCGCUGGCCGGGCUCAAGGUGCUGCGCGUCGUGAGCGAGCCGAGCGCGGCCGCGCUCGCCUUCGUGCUCCAUAAGGAGUCGGUGAUCCGCGAAGGCGACGAGCGCAAGGUGCUGAUCUUCGACUUCGGUGGCGGCACGAUCAGCGUCGCGGUGAUCUUCGUCGAGGGCGGCAUUCUGGAGGUGAAGGCCAUGGCUGGGGACUCGCAUCUCGGGGGCGCCGAUUUCGACCGCCGCCUGGUGCGCCACUUCGCCGACGAGUUCAAGAAGCAGCACAAGCGCGACAUGAGCGGGAACGCGCGCGCCCUGCGCAAGCUCGAGACGGCCUGCGAGAGGGUCAAGCGCAGCCUGGCCAUGACUUCGCGCACCACCAUCGACAUCGACGCGCUCUUCGACGGCAUCGACUUCUACUGCCCCAUCACGCGCGCCCAAUUCGAGGAGAUCAGCGCCGACUUGUUCGAGCAGUGCCUGGCGCCCGUGCGCCGGUGCUUGCUCGACGCCAAGGUCGCCCCCGAGGCCAUCGACGACGUCGUCCUCGUCGGUGGGUCCACCCGCAUCCCCAAAGUCCAGCAGCUGCUGCAAGAGUUCUUCGGGGGCAAGGAGCUGAGCAAGAAUGUGAACCCUGACGAAGCUGUAGCCUUCGGGGCGGCCAUGUACGCCGCCAUUCUGGGCGACAAGGGCGGCUCCCAGCUUGCGGAGAUUCUGCCUCUGGAGGUCGUUGCCAAUUCCAUCGGGAUCGAAACCGGGGGAGGGUCCAUGACUACCAUCCUCAAGCGGAACAAUUGUAUUCCCACCCUUAAGCGCAUGGAGUUCACCACGUACACGAAUUCCCAUACGAGCGUGCUGCUGAAUGUGUACGAGGGCGAGGAGCCACGAGCUGCGGACAACAAUCUGGUUGGAGUGUAUGAGCUCACUGACCUCCCCCCUGCUCCUCCGGAUGGCCUGAAAAUUGUUGUGAUUGUAGAUAUCGAUUCUUUUGGCUACAUCCAAAUCUCCGCCGAAACUGUCACUGGACAGAAGAUCAAAUGCAAUGCCCAGUCUCCAUCCACCCCGCUUUAUCCAUCAUUAGGAUACCUCCCGGAAGAGGAAUCGUAGUCAUAACCUGCACCGGCGAGGAUGCCCAUCUCGAAGAGCCGUCGAGGCCCUUCAUGUAUAUUGAAUUGUAUUUUUAGAUUUUUAACUGUUACCCUCGUUUUGUACUCGCUCCUUCUGUCUCCUGUUUUCACUGAGCCGUGGGUUCUCAUCCCCUGAAUCUGAUACUGACAUCUGGUCUGAACGCUGAAAAGGAACACAGAGAAGGCCCCUGGUUAUCUGAGCAGAGAACGCCACCUACUGCUGUAAAGUGCCCAUGCGUCCUCGAGGACGAGCGCAAAGGUCUUGUAGAAAUGGGUGGGAAGUAAAGUGAGACCCAGAGGGCCAAAGCCAGAUGCAACGAAUGAAGCAAAUGCAAUGCGUUUUGUGCUUGCUUUAAUCGUCGGUGUUGUUUAAGCGCCAACUCGUCCACUCGACUGCACGAAAUCCUGACCUCAUGGGGAGAGAAUUUGCCUCCCUUGUCGAUCCAGUCCUGAAUGCUCUGAACUGAUUUGAUUUACGAAGUCUGCUCCCUUCCCCACUAAGUGACGGUGAAAUGAAGAUUCUGCUUUCUAGUUUCUGUGGAUGAAGGCUUCCUUUGACCGGGCCUUUGAAGAUGAUCGCAGGUUAUUGACUCAUGAACGUUUCUAUCUUCCUGAGGAUAUGAGCAGACGAUCAGAAGACGUACUGCAGUUGCGAUUUGACCUCGCUGAGUCUCCUAUCACCUCAACCUUUUUGGCCUUAUCAGAGAUAAGGCCCACUCUUUUAAUGCUCAUUGCAUUCAUGAACUAUGAGCUUGCUGAGUGUAGUGAUUUCUUUUCACUUUUGAUGGAUCCACUCAAAGAUACACUCAGAUAUCUUCUACCAGCAGAGGGAACCAUUAGAUCAGGUUCCAUACCCUGAGCAUGUAAACUACGUUACAAAACGUAAUUGCUAAAGUGAAGCGAAGUUCUUCGCCACCUUUUGAAGUGGUCGGUCCACAUACCUAUAGCUAAACCCUCCCUGGUGCCAAAAGCUCGGUAGUAUCGUAGUACAUUGUCUUUCUGUUCAAUCUAUUGUCGCACCUUUCAUGCUACGUUUGUGCGAGAUAGAAUUUAACUACGCUUGCAUCCGUUUUGGCUUUCAGAGACGGUAAACAACAUUAUUUUGUGUAUAAAAAACCUGCUGUGUGCGAAAUCUCU